AUGAAACUUUUUGUUGCCACCUUCGCCCUCGCUUCCGCCUUCGAAGAAGGAUCUGCUGCUUGGCGACAAUGGAAUGAUCUUGAGGAUCGACGAGCUGCUUUUGGACAAAAGCUAACUGAAAUGGACAUGGCCCGAUUCGCCGACCGAUUUGACGGCUUUGUCGCUAAGGGCGUCUCCAAAAUCCCCCUCCACAAGACCGAUGUCGAAGGCUGCGUCAACGUCUGGGGCAUUGACACCGAAGAAAGCGACGAUUUCAACCCUGAAACCGCCACUGUCUGCGAGUACGCAAGAAAGAUCGGUCGAUCGUAUUUGCGAUGGACUCAGAAAUUCUUGUGCUUGGACUCUUUUGACCGAAAAGGUGUCAGCAUCAAAAAGCGAAUCACGAAUCGAUUCAACAGAGUUAUUUCUUUCUCGAGAGCUCAGGAUUUCUGCAACGAGUAA